UCUCGUGUGUUGAUCCGGUUUCACGUGGCUUGCGUUUCGCGCAAAAGGGUUAAGCGUUCGUUACAGAACUUAAAGAAAUCCAUUGUGCAUAUUUGACAAAAAGAAAACUUUAUUCCUGUCUGACACUCGUUGUCACUCGGUCAAACUUCACGGUUGAUAGAUAUUUGUCCGAUAUUGUUCAAUAGUUAGUGCCGUACUGUUUUAUCGUUUUCAAGUUUCCGAGAUCUCUUGCGAGCCGGUAAAAAUCAGAAUUCGAUGUUCGACUAUGGUUCUUUCUGCACAAUGUUUUAUUAACCCUUCGAAUCUUGUGUUUGCAAGAAAACGGAAGAGACUGAAGACGUAACCGAUAAUAUUUCAUUUUAUAUCUAAAACAUAAUAUAAUUAUAUUCCAUUAUUAUAGUCAAAAUAGAAUAAUAUUUUAUAAAAAGUACCAAAGAUAGGAUUAGAGAUGAAUAAUAAAAGAAACUCUUAUGCGAAUACGAAUUAUGUUGCGGUGUUUGAAUCCGAGAAAAAGAAAAAACCUAUUGGAUGGUUUGGAACAAGACAUUUUGUAACGUUCAUGCUUUUUUUGGGAAUGGCAAAUGCAUACAUCAUGAGGACCAACAUGUCAGUGGCCAUAGUUGCUAUGGUAAAUCAAACAGCCAUAGGAGUGAACUCGGAAUCGGAGGGAGUAGACGACGAAUGUGGCGUUAUAAGCGGUAACUCAAGCUCGAAAUCGACAACUGACAACGAGGGUGAGUUCGUAUGGGAGACGGACGUGCAAGGAUACGUCCUAUCUUCCUUUUUCUAUGGCUACGUCGUCACACAAAUUCCCUUCGGUAUCCUGGCGAAGAAAUACGGCAACAUCUACUUCCUGGGUUUUGGCAUGCUGAUCAAUUCCGUCUUCGGUCUGUUGGUCCCCCUGGCGGCCUACAUGGGUAUUUAUUGGCUUAUCGCCGUCAGAUUCAUCCAAGGAUUGGGCGAGGGUCCGAUUGUCCCCUGCACACACUCUUUGCUGGCAAAAUGGAUCCCUCCAAAUGAGAGAAGCCGAAUGGGUGCAUUUGUUUAUGCAGGUGCUCAGUUCGGCACAGUCAUCUCUAUGCCUCUUAGCGGUUUGCUGUCUGUAUCCCACGCCGGAUGGCCCUCCAUUUUCUACGUUUUUGGUGCCAUAGGUACCGUCUGGUGUAUAGCAUUUUUACUGCUGGUCUUCGAAGACCCAGAGGUCAAUCCCAAGAUUAACCCCGACGAGAGAAUGUAUAUCCAGAAGGCGUUGGGCAGAGUUAAAGGACAAGUUAUCCCGGCAAUUCCAUGGAUGUCAAUUCUAAAAUCUCUUCCGUUCUGGGCUAUUUUGCUGGCCCACAUGGGUCACAACUAUGGAUAUGAAACACUAAUGACAGAAUUGCCCACAUACAUGAAACAAGUACUUCAUUUCAGUAUUAAAGAUAAUGGAUUUUUAUCGGCCUUACCGUACUUAGCUAUGUGGCUCUUCUCAAUUUUCAUCAGUCAUGUUGCUGAUUGGCUAUUAACCAAACCUUUCAUCACUAUAACUAUUGUAAGAAAACUGAUUAAUGGAAUUGGUCAGUAUGGUCCAGCAAUCGCUCUGUUCACUGCCGCUUUUACCGGAUGCGACAAAUGGUUGACAGUUGCCAUCUUAACCGUCGGUGUUGGACUAAAUGGCGGUAUUUAUUCCGGUUUUAAGGUCAACCACUUGGAUAUCAGCCCUCAAUUUGCCGGUAUUCUCAUGUCUUUCACGAAUUGCCUUGCGAAUUUGGCUGGGUUGCUGGCACCAAUAUACGCUGGUAUAAUGGUAAAAGGAACGCCCAGUAUUGCUAAGUGGAGAACAGUAUUCAUCACAGCUGCCGCAGUAUACGCCGCAUGCUGUACAUUUUAUGUGAUAUUCAGUUCAGGCCAGCGACAAAGUUGGGACCAGCCAGCCGAAGAAGAGAAGAAAAAAGAAACUCAGAAUGGUGAACCUCAGAUUGUAACAACACAAGCCUAGUGCUCGCAAGGAGAAUUAAACGGAGUGUCAAAUUUAACAUUUUUAAGACUUUUUCAUUAUCUGUAACUUCAAGAGAAAAUGAAACAUUUUGUAUGUUAAGUUUUAUCCAUAAACAUCCAUUUUUCGUAUAAAAUUGAAACUAUAAUAUAGUUGCACAAUUUUUUACUUUAUUUGAUAUAUUAGUUAACUAAAAAAGUAUUGUGAUUUUCUGUAUUGAUAUCUUAUUAAGUGAUAGUCAACAGUUCAGGUUGUAUAGAAUAGUUCUAAUACUUUUAACUUUAAAAUAUUUAUUUAUUUAAACUUUACAUGGUCAUAAAAAUCUUGGUUUAAGAUAGUAAAGCCAUUUUAAAUAUACUAUGUAUGUAGAAAUUUACCAAAUCAAUUUGUAAAUUCUUAUGCAUGUUAUAAUUCAAAUGAAAAAGUGAUUAUACAAUAAUAUUAUAAUUUAAUUUCGGUUAAAAAUAAGAUAAAAAAUCACAUUACAAUUUUGCAUAUUACAUCUUAUAUAAUUAAUCAAAAUGAUUCUUUCUCAUCUUUAUAUAGCCUGUGAUGGA